GAGGAUACGUGGGCGCCCUCACGGAGAUGAGGGCCGAUCUCUUGGAGAUCACGACGGCCCUCGGCUUUAAGAUGUCUUCGAACCACGUGAACCCAUGCUUCGCAUGCUCGUGCGCCCGCGACGAUCUUCACAAGUACCCAAGUACAAUAGCCGAAUGCACGUGGGCGAACAGGGACGAGGAGGCUCACGAGAUCAUGCUGAGGCGGACACUUGUUGUAAGGGACAUACAGAGCAAAAGGGUACUCAAGCAGCUGAUGAAACCGAUGCAUUUCGACGACAAGGUUGGAGGGUAUGCGUUGUUUGAAGACUUCGCGCCCCUUGCCCUCAAGAAGGGCAGCCGACUGAUCGAACAAGGACUAGUUGUUGGCUUACAAGACUUGCUCAGCAUCGAUGAGUUCCCUACGCCGUUCACUUUCUUCGAUACUACAGCGUCGAUGGGGCUGAACUUGGUGUGCCCCCUCCUGUCCAUCAAGGGGUUCUCCCUCCGCUGCGUCCAUCUGGACGCGAUGCGCGUGUUGGACUUAGGAGUCAGCCAGUUUGUCAUAGGGAGUAUUUUCAAGCUGCUCGUGAGCAAGAACUUUGUCAAGUCCACGAAGAAGUAUGCUCAUAAUCGGCGUCUCGAGAACCUCUUUCACCUGCGCAGGAGAAUGAAAUCCUUCUACAAGUCCACGAAGCACCUGCACCCAGAGAAGGCCCAGAACAGAAUCGACAAGCUGACGCUCAAAAUGUUCAUGAAGGGCCGCUUGAAGGCCAAGGCGGCCGAGAGCCGCCACCUUCUACCUCUACUGCCGAUGGUGUGCCGUGAAAACGCAGCCCUGCUAGCAGACAAGGCCUUCCUUCUGACUGAAGCAUGUGACGCUUUGAACGAUUGCCACGACAUCAUGUACCGAGAGAGGAGGCAAAUGUCGGCCGAGGCUGUGCAGCGCCUUCAGCAGUCAAUGCUGCGUUUUUUUAUUUUUUGGAAGCGAUCGGGCGGCAAGAAAAUUUUUAAGCACCAUGUUGCGGUGCACUUGGUGCAGCGGGUUGCCCAACAUGGCAACCCGCGGUACUAUUGGUGCUACCCCGACGAGGGUGAGAACCGCCUGAUGGCGUCGGUGGCCAAAGCCCUCCACGGAG